AAUCAAUGUUAUUAUUUUUGAUAUAUGAUUUGUGAUGAUAGUUUUAUUUCUGAAACAUGCACAGGGUUUGUAGGAUCAAAGUGGUGAAACUGUCACAUAGUUUCCUAUGGAAUAAUGAUAUUAGUAUUUUAUAGAUUAAUGAUAUCCAAUGAUAUUGCUGAUUUUGAGUCCCUAUUGUGUGGCUGUUUAUAACUGUAUCUUCUGUAUGAAUUAGCAGUGCUUGUGGUAAAGUUUGUUUGAUCCAUGAUAUUUGUGAAAAGAACAGUUUUAGCUCAUUAUUAGUUAAAGUAGAAAACACAAUUUGAUUAGUGGAUGUUUGUUAUGUGAUGAAUUUAAUACUACAAUAUCAUUGUGCUCUCCAAGUGUACUUCGAAUAAUUUGCUAUGCAGGUCAACCAUGCUUUUGAACCAAUAGCCCCUUAUUUCACUGGCAUUUAAGAGGUCAGGGCACCAAAUUUUUUUGGGUAAUUUCACAGGCAGAUGCCAGCCAGUACACACAAGGGGGAGGGUUAGGGUAGAUGGGUUGUAGGGUGAGGCAAGGACACCAUCUGAUUAACUAAUAUAAUAAUAAUAAGAAAUUAAUUCUUUUUAACUUAUUAAUCAGUUGCAUCUUUCUAUGAGAAACCAUCAUCAUGAGAUAGGCUUGCAUUCCAGUUAUACUGGGCAAAUAAUUCUUUUAAGGUGGUUUUUUGGAUGAAUCACAUAUCUGAUUCUUUUAGUGGGUGAUAUCUUCUAUUUAACAACUGUAUUUUCUUAUUUUUACCAUGUAUGGCUGGGUGACAGAAACCUUCUAAAUUAUUUUAUGUUUCUUGUGACUGGAAGAGGUAGUAGCACCACCACCACCACUACCACAAAUUGGACUAUUUGAUGUAAAAUCCUGUUUUAUAUUCCCAAAUUCUAGGAAGGAAGGAAAUAGUGAUGUCAGCUUGCAACUUCCUGUGGAUAUCCCAGUAAAUAUGGGUCUGAAUCUCUUCUAUGAUGGGCAUGCCUGGGAGUUUGCAGCAUGUGUACCACUAUAAAGUUAACAUAUUAAUCCCAUACUUGUAGCUAUACCCGUGCUGUUCCUUUGGUGAAUUGGUUAAAUUUUGAAUGGCGAAAGUUAACAAGGUGCGAUGCAAGUCUGAUUCACGACGUCAUAGAGUUGCUCCAUAUCCAUUGUCAUCGUACCCUAAGAAGGCUGGUAAAGAGGGUCAAACAAAGAAAGCACAUUCCAAAGCCUUGGAGAAGAAAGAUUGGGAAGGUGCAACCUGCUCAGUGUGUCUUGAGUUUCCUCACAAUGCUGUUCUCCUACUUUGUUCCUCUUAUAACAAGGGAUGUCGACCUUAUAUGUGCGCUACUAGCCGACGUUUUUCCAAUUGUCUUGACCAAUACAAGAAAGCGUAUACAAAAGGGUCAUCAAUGGAAAGAGAGCAGCAACCAACCGGGUUGGUGGAGAAUUCCAGUUUUAGUUUGGAUGCUGGGCAUGCCAAUGAAAAGACUGAAGUUCCAGAGCUCCUAUGUCCUCUGUGUCGUGGGCAAGUGAAGGGUUGGACAGUGGUUGAACCAGCUCGUAAAUAUCUCAACGCAAAGAAGAGAACAUGCAUGCAAGAUAAUUGUUCUUUUGUUGGAACUUAUAAGGAGCUUAGGAAGCAUGUCAAGGCAAAGCACCCAUUGGCACAGCCCCGAGCAGUAGACCCUGUGCUUGAAGAAAAAUGGAAGAAGCUUGAAUGUGAGAGAGAGCGAAAUGAUGUGAUCAGCACAAUAAUGUCAUCAACACCUGGAGCAAUGCUACUGGGAGAUUAUGUGAUUGAGCCAGGGUAUCAUGGUGUUUAUAGUGAUUAUGAUUCAGAUGAUUCUUCGGAUGAUGGCUACUUUCCUAUGGAGUCAUUUGAUCGAGGACAGAACCGAGGCCUCCACUGGCAAGGGAGAUAUCGCAUGGAUUAUGACUCAUUGGAUGAGGAUGAUUUUGGGAUGCAUCGUGCUUUUCUUGCUGGCUCAGCAGCUCCUUCUAGACGUCUUCUUCCCAGGAUACUAGUGGGACGGUCAAGGAGGCGGUGGAGGCAUAGAGGAGGUAAUGGAAGUCGAUAAUUUCUGGAUGAAAAUGCAAGUAUAAACCAGGCUGAAGUUCUACCGCUGGGCCAUGAUGUUUAUUAAAAUAGCCAAUAGACUUGAACAGAUGGUCUGAAAGUAACAUAACCGUGGAUUUGCCCUUUAGAUUAGGUGUUAAUUGUUUAGGUUUAGAACUGAAGCCUUGUAGUGUAGGGGACAGUUUCCUCGUAGUCAUUGCUGUAUGCAUACACUAUCAUGUCGUCAUGCAUAGUGGUCCUUUGAAGUUUGAACAGAAGGAUAAAACAAUAUAAACAUUCUUUCAUAUUU